AUUAAUCUCUCUCUCUCUCUUCCGGUUCCUCUGUCUCUCUCUCUCUCUCACUUCAGAGACCUGGGAAGAGAGGAACACAACGGGGUGGAGAGGAGACACAAAGAAAAGAACCUCGUCUUUCUGGUGUAAAAGGGUUCUUUGAAAUCCAUUCAUCUACCCCUCUUCCUCUUCCUCUUCUCAUUCUUUGCUUCUUUUCUAAUUUCGGGAGAAAUUUUUCACCAAGCGGUGAAAUUUUCCAGAGGGCAACCCAUAAACUUUCUGAGAUCUUGAUCCAUUCUGGUUUGGAUUACUGGGUUUGUCUUCACUUCUGCGGUUUUUCUAUUCUGUGAAUGGAUUUGGAUAGUAUCGAGUGUGUCUCUUCUUCAGAUGGUCUCGACGAGGAUGAGAUCCAUCUGCAUCACACUCUUCAUCCUUAUUCCCAUUCUCAUCAUCAUCCAGAAUUGUCAGCAUCGAAGCCUCGUAAUGGAAGCAACAAUAGCGCUAUAACGGGCCCCACUGCGACUGCUCCGGCCACCAGCGUCCAUGAAUUGCUGGAGUGCCCUGUCUGCACCAAUUCUAUGUAUCCUCCCAUCCAUCAGUGCCACAACGGACAUACCUUAUGUUCUACAUGUAAAACACGCGUUCACAAUCGCUGCCCUACUUGUAGACAAGAGCUUGGAGAUAUUAGGUGCUUAGCACUGGAGAAGGUGGCAGAGUCGCUUGAAUUGCCUUGCAAGUAUUAUUCCUUGGGGUGCCCGGAGAUAUUUCCAUACUACAGUAAACUCAAGCAUGAGGCUUUGUGCAACUUCAGACCCUACAAUUGCCCGUACGCUGGGUCGGAAUGCUCUGCUGUUGGGGAUAUUCCUUUUCUUGUUGCCCACCUGAGGGAUGAUCAUAAGGUGGAUAUGCACACUGGAUGCACAUUUAACCAUCGCUAUGUGAAAUCCAAUCCGAGGGAAGUGGAGAAUGCCACUUGGAUGCUCACUGUCUUCCAUUGUUUUGGUCAAUAUUUCUGCCUUCACUUUGAAGCCUUUCAGCUCGGCAUGGCCCCAGUCUAUAUGGCUUUCCUUCGUUUCAUGGGUGAUGAGAAUGAGGCACGGACCUACAGCUACAGUCUGGAGGUGGGUGGAUAUGGGCGAAAACUUAUAUGGGAGGGUACCCCGCGAAGUAUUAGAGAUAGUCAUCGAAAAGUGAGGGACAGCCACGACGGACUAAUCAUUCAAAGAAAUAUGGCUCUGUUCUUCUCUGGCGGGGAUAGGAAGGAACUAAAGCUGAGAGUUACUGGAAGGAUAUGGAAGGAACAAAACCCAGACGCCGGGGUCUGCAUACCGAACCUGUGUAGCUAAGACAAGUAGUCUCGAUCUCAAGGCCUAGCGUUUUGUGUGUUGUGGAUUCUGCUGUGCUUUGUACCUAUUCUUUCUUACCUUUCCUGGUAUAUUGUAACGGAUGGUUUGUUAAAUAGUAAGUACUGAGAUUGGAAAUCAUUGCUCUUCCAAAGAAGGAUGUUUUCUGAAGUUGUGAUGGAUGCUAGCUUUACAACUCUAUAGAGAAGUGGAAUAUCAACACCUUUGCCUUGUGCACAUUCUUUCUCA